AUGUCAAAGUUAACCCAAGUUUUGGCCUUAGAUCCAGCUCAUGAGCUUCGAUUUCAAGGGCCCUACACUUCUGACGUGAAUUCGCGUUUGGAAUUGAGCAAUCCAACCGAUCGCCCCGUUGCUUUCAAAGUGAAGACUACUGCACCAAAGCGUUACUGCGUGCGACCCAAUUCCGGCAUCAUCGAUCCCAAGCAAACCAUGAAACUCGUCGUAAUACUUCGCGCCUUGGACGAAGACCAACUCACGGAUCAAGUCAAGGACAAGUUCAUGGUCCAAAGUAUGUUCUGCGACGACGGCGAAGUAUGGAACGAGUCGUUGUUCAAAGAAGCGUCUCCGGACCAGCUCAUGGACUCGAAGAUCAGGUGUGUCUUUGAUCCUCCAAAGCCUAAGGUGGACGAAAAAGGCGAAGAACUCCCGCCAACUUCAUCCGCUUCUGACGUAAUCGCACAGCUUCGUGACGAAAACUCGCGUCUGAAUCGCGAGAAGCUUGAGUUAUUGGAAGAGUGCGCCAAACUUCGCAGGCGUCCUGUCGUAAGCGACAACAGCCCUGCAACCCAUCAAGUGGCCACUGCCGAGAAGCCGCCGGGAAUCAACUUGACGAUGGAGAUCCUAGCUGUUGCUUUUCUUAUAACAUUCGUCAUCGCGCUAUUCAUCGGCAAAGCCAUCCUUUAG